AUGUUCUCUCCACCUAUUGAUGCUCCUGCUAUGCAGCAGUUGACAUGCCAUCAUGACGCCCCUCCUGACCGAUACCACACCUGCGUCAACUCCCACCACGCAGCCUACUCGGAGAACAAUCUACCACCUGUUCUCUUCCGCCUGGAGGCACCAGAGUUCAAUGAUCUUCCCCCGCUGAGAAACCUCGUCGAGAACGGCCAAGUCGUCAAGGACCACGACGGCCGCCCCCUGCGCGCCUUUCCCUUCCUGCCAAGGUACAUCUCCGUCCGCCCUGCAGCCUGGCUCCUCGAAUACUGGAUGCGGACAGACCCACGCCUCACAUACCGCGAUAUAAAGGCGCGGAUGGUCGUCCCUGUAGCCCAGCGGCCGCGCGAGAACAGCCUCAACAUGCGCCGAGAACGCCAGUGCAGGAGUCCACUGGCGCUAUCCUGCUGGACGAGCCACUGCCGCACCGUGGGGAAAGUGGAGGUCGAGCGUGUUGCGCGCUGGUCGCUGGACUAG